AUGAUUUACUCAUUUUUGACCUUUUUAUCAAUCCUUGGCUAUACAAUUGAAGAAACCAAAGUUGAAAAGCCAGCUUUUACAAAUGCUCAAACCUGUCUUAAAGAAGAAAAUACAAAUGGACCAAUUUAUGCCCAAUUAAAUAAAGAAAUCCAGAAUGGGCAUUUUACUAUGUAUGGGAGAGCAGAAAAUCAAGGAAGAGGAGCUUGUGGAUUUGAUAUGAAUAAACCUGAUAUGUCAGCAGCUGUCUCUCAAUCUCUUUUCAAUACCAGCGCUAAUUGGCCAAAAUCUUGUCUGUCUGAUAACCGUACGGUUGCCAAUGACCCUGUUUGUAUGAGUAAAUGUGUUCAGGUUACCUACAAGGGGAAUACUUUGACUGUGCCAAUUAAUAACAUGUGCGGGGGCUGUGCGAUUGAUCACGUCGAUUUCACCGAUCAGGCAUUUCUCUGGCUAGAGCCUGCUGGAGGUACAGUAGGAGAUGCUAAGGGUUUGUAA